AUGUUCUGCAUUAAAGGGUCAAUGAAUACGCUGAUACGAAUUUCCAAGAGGAUCACGGUGCCAAGUGUUAGAUGGUACUCCGAUCUGACUACGAGACAUGCCAAUUUAGGUAUGAUGACGAAUUACUUGACGAAGGAGGGAGUUCCUAACUUGUUACAAGAAACUAUUUCGGAUCAAUAUUUGGAUGAGAAUAUUCAAUUAAGAUUACUGCCGACCACAUAUCCUUAUAUCCCGACGAUCAAUGGGAAAGUUAAAUAUAAGGCCUCCCUAAAUGCCAUCCGAUUGAUUGUCAAGAAUUUUAUUUUGAAUGAUACUUGUCGUAUUCAUAUAAGUUCCGUGAAGACGAUCUUGGCUAAGGAUAAGGAACAUAGUGGUAAGGGGAAGGGUGAUCCAUUUGUGGGGUUUGUUACAGAUAAUGAUAAAUUAAUUAUCAAAUGGCAAACUUGUAUUUCUAAUGAUGAUUGCAGCAAGAUACAUGUGACGCCCGCACGUAUCAAUAUGAAGCCACCGCCUCCUCAUGGUAAUGACUCCUCUACAUCACAUAUAGUUGAAUAUAUUCUGGAUCCCGGGAAGAAAGCUUUGAAUGAAGAUGCGGUGACUAGUCAAUUAAAGGAUAUCAACGAUAUGGAGGGGGAGAAGGCGGGGGAGAAGAAGCAGGAUAAACUUUCUAGGCUGCUGCGAGGCAUCUUUGUUUUUGAAUUUAAUGAAGAUAAUUCAAAGAUUUUGGUUCAUACGAUAGAGAAUGUGGAAAUGGCAAAGUUUGGUAAGAAGAUUGAUACGGGGAGUGCAUUUGCAUGUUAA